UGGGACCCAGAAGAGAGAGCAGCAGAGGAGAGGUGAGCACAAAUAGGCAGUUUCUUCUUCACUUAGCUCUCCACUGGGGACAGAGCAAAAACUUACUUCUCUGCAAGUGUUACCUGAAGCUAGCCCACGCCAGGCAGUGUAGGCACACAGGGCUCCUCACUUAAGCAGCACAAGGUGGGACAGAGACUUUCAACACACAGCAUGGAGAAGUAAUGGUCCUCAUUCUCUUGAGUCCAACCAGGGCUUGACUGACUAAAUGAGGCACUGACCAUGGCUCACUUCUUUAAAGAGAACAGCAGCUGUUAUUUCUGCUUUCGUUAUCUGGAAAACCCUGUGUACCUGAACUGCGGCUACAUCUGCUGCUUCCAGUGCCUUGACUCACUAGAGAAAAGUCCUGAGGGGGACGGUGUACUGUGCCCCAAUUGCUCUGUUGUCUCUUUGAAAGAAGACAUUAGACAUGCCAAACAGUUAAGGAACCUGGUUACCACGGUCAAAGACCUAGAGCCACAGCUGAAUUUUAUUCUGACAAUGGACCCAAGUAUGAAGAUAUUUCAAGUGAACAUGAUCUUGGAUGUGGACACAGCCCAAAACAACCUCAUCAUCUCUGAGGACCUGAGGAGUGUCUACCACACGUCGCAGACGCAAGACCGAAAGAAAUGUGCAGAAAGAUUCGAUCCCUCCCCUUGUGUCCUGGGCUCUUCCCGGUUCACUUCAGGCUGCCAUUACUGGGAGGUAGUGGUGGGAACCAGCAAAGAAUGGGACAUAGGCAUUUGCAAAGAAUCCAUUAAUCGACAAGAGGUUGUUUAUUUGUCCGAGAAAAAAGGCUUCUGGACUGUGGGUGUGAGAAAUGAAGAGGUCUAUGCUGCCAGCACUGAUCCCUUAACUGUGCUACUUGUGAACCCUCGGCUGCAUAGAGUGGGUAUUUUCCUUGACCUGCUAGAGAAGAGCGUCUCUUUCUGGGACCUUGGCGAUGGCUCCCACAUCUAUACAUUCCUUGAAAUUCCUGACACGGAGCCAUUUCGCCCAUUCUUUUCACCAGCAAAUACUUAUCCAGAUGAAGAACAAGUCAUCAGUAUCUGUCCCGUGAUGAAUCCAAGCAUUUUCGGGCUUCCAGUUAACCCCGUAUAAGGGAAAUAACCCCUGAUUAUGAAAGCUGCAAUGGAAGUUGCUGUGUACUCAUAACCAUGGCUACGAAUUCUUGAGUUUGGUGCACAUAGGGUACAAAAAGCAUUACAGAAAUAUAGAGAGACGGCCUCACCAAUACUAACUAGCUACAGGAAAUUGCAUUUUUUUAAUAUAAAGUAUUAUAGUUGUUUUCUUUGGAAUUUGUUUAAAUUUCUGCUCCCAUUCAUAUAUUGUGAACUUUUACUUUGAAUGAUUUCCUUUUUAGUUGCUAAACAACCGUGCAUGGUGUUGUGGAAUAAAUAAACUAAACUAAAAUUUU